AAGGGCGGGUCUAAGGGUAGCGCACGGCUAAUUCACCGUUGAUAGUGUACUUUAGCAGGCUCUCGUGAAGUAGAAGCUAAAGUAAACGGUUGAAACGAUAUAACGUUAGAAGGUUUCACCCAGUAUGGCCAAGCUGCUGCCUCUUCACCUUGGACUGGGACACCUGGUCAUCGGCCCGCGGCCCCACACCGCUCUGGGCACUACCACACACUCCUCCGCAAAGAGACAGACAGGCGGCAGACACAGGCAGACAUGGGUCCACACAGAUAGAGGCCCUCCAGGGGGGCGGCUCACCCUGGAGCAGGUGGAGCCUCUGAUCCACAGCAGACUGGCGAACAUCAAGUCGGCCCUCGUGGCAGUGGACCCUGAUGGUACGGGGCUGGUGAGCACAGAGGAGUUCAGACGAGUCCUGAGGAGCCUGCUGUCUCUCAGCCAGAACCAGCUCGACACUGUCCUCAACGAGGUGUGCGAGAGGGGCGGUGAAACGGUGGACUACACGCAGUUUCUGAGGCGGUUCAGUCGAGCCCCUGCGGCCAACAGAGCCUGCAGCAGCAGCAGCAGCAGCAGCAGCGUGAGGCGCGGUCCACAGAACACCUCCAUGUCCCUGUCUGAGAUACAGAAGCAUCUCAAAGAUAAGAUCGGAGGCAACCUGAGGACCGUGAUCAGAGUGUUCCGCCUGUUUGACUACAACAGAGGAGGACACAUCCAGCAGCACGAGUUCCGCCGCAUCCUGGACAACUAUUGCAUCCACCUGACAGACAAGGAGUUUCAGAGGCUGUGGAAUCACUACAGUCCCAAUAACAGCUCCACCAUUUCCUAUGAACUGUUCCUGGACAAGCUAGGCUUUGAUGACAGCCAUAACUUCAAGAUUGCUCCAGUCUGCACUAAGCUAGAAAUGUGCAGCCGAGGCACAACGCCACCUGAGAAAGUUAAACAGAGGAAGCAGAGGGCAGAAUCUCUUUCCAGUCUACACGAUGCUCCAUCAGCCCUGCGUCACAGGAAGCUGCAGACUCUCUUCUACGACAAGAUGUGCAUGAACUCUACCCCCGUGUGGCAAGCGCUGCAGGCCUUUGACACCACCAACUCUGGCCUGGUAAAACAGGAUGUCCUCAGGGCCAUUCUCAGCAGCUUUAUAUUUCCCAUGAGCCCUCACUCCUUCCAGAAGCUGACCAACCAUUAUGGUGUGAGAGCAACAGGGCCAGUGAGGUGGAAACACUUCUUGGGCCACUUCAUGAGCCCGGUCAGAGACGAGGGCGACCCAAAUCUUCACACCGACAGGGCUUUGGAGCAGCCUGUCCUAGAAGAAGACACCCUGGAUGUCCAGGACAUUCACCCUCAACUGAAAGAGAUUCCCCACCUGCUGGACACGAAGGAGGCAGGUUGGAACAGAGCAGACCUGCGACAUUUGCUGGAGAGACCAGGUGGGACCCAGCCCCAGACCAGCUCACAGGUCAUAGAGCUGCCUAAUGCACUGGACCCAGAACACACCGGGGUCAUCCAGCUGGCCAACCAGGAGAGGCUCAACCCCAGCAUCACCUCUGCUCCACCACCACCACCCUCCCCUGCAAACACUGCUGAGACCCUGGGUGUCCCAGAGGAAACUGAAGAAACUGCUCUCAGUUCCGUGCUGGCAGCUCUGAAGCUGUGUGACCCUCAGCACACUGGAUACGUCACCCAGGAAGAACUGAAGAAGGUCUUAAGCUGCUAUAGCAUGCCCAUCUCAGACACACACUUCAACAAGCUCUGUGAGACCUCCAGCUCUAGACCUGCCAGUUCAUCCAAGCUGGUUUAUUACCCUGGCUUUCUCCGAAACCUGGGAGUACCACUAACAGAUGAAACACACACAUCCUCAUCCCACGAGAAGAGUUACCAUGAGAGGCUAUGCACAUCGCCUCAGUCGCCCCUGCAGUCAGUCAGCGGACAGCGGCCUCCCUCCAGCCCUGAAGUCAGUUCGGACACCUGCAACAUCCUGGACAUUGUUUUCCAGAGGAUGAGAGUAAGGUUAGAGCAACGCCAAAGCAGCCUGACUGACCGCAUCCAGGCCAUCACCCACAGCUCUGAUGGGACGCUGUCAGAGACAGAUGUACGGAAGAUACUAGAGGACAGCUGGGUCAUCUUGGACGAUAAGAAUUUCCACAAGUUGACUGAACAGCUGGGCUUCAGGGAUGGACGGAUCGAGCGCUCGUUGUUCCUGGUGAAGUACGAGGAGGCCACAGCUAGCGACGGGCAGCAGCGCUCUGGGGGUCAUGGUGAUGAAGAUGAGGUCGGCCCCUUGCUUACUUCAGCUGAGCAGUGCCUGGCUGUCAUGAAGACCAGCAUCAAGAUCAUCCAUGGGGACAAUCUGACGGCGUUCCGACUGAUGGACAGGAAACGUAAAGGCGUGGUCGACUGCAGUGACUUCAAAGGGCUGUACAGCAGCUUGGGGUUUUUCUGCAGGGAGGCAGAGUACCAGCGGCUGCUUGAUCUGAUGGGCCUGCAUCCCGGGGGCAAUCUCAACUACGCCGAAUUUGUCCACGUUGUUGAAAACAAUGGCAAACGCAAACAAGGGACACAGACGGCACGUGUACAAGAGCAGCUCCAUGAACUCCUGGCCUGUGAAGCUCGCUACAAGUGGGCAGACAUGUCUAAGGUGCUGUGCCAGUUUGACACAGACGGCCAGGGUUGGAUCCAUAAAAAGAGCUUGAGGGGACUCCUCUUCACCUACGCUCUCCCCAUGAGUCCCGAAGAGUUCGACCAGCUCUGGUCGAGGUAUGACCCAGAGCGCCGGGGCUGUGUGGCAGUUUGUGACUUCCUGGAAAAGCUGGGGUUUCAUCACGAAGGGGAUCUCGGGCCUCGGAGCCAGAAGCUCAACCAAGCUGUUGCCCAGAAGAACGCUGACAGACCAGUGUCCUCUGACGCGGCAUCACUCGAGUGCAUUGAACAGACUGUGCAGGAGAACUACAAGGGGUUGAGCGACUCCCUGACUCACCUGGAAACGAGUAGAGAUGGCACAGUGACAGUGGAGGAGCUGCUGAGCCUGUUACAAACCUACAGCUGCUCUGUCCGGAGAGAGCAGCUUGUAAAUCACCUGCGCAGGCUUGAGGUUCCCAUGGAUGAUAACGGUGAGAGGCUAUCUUACAUGGACUUCCUGUCUGAGUUUGACCCUAAAGCAGAGAAGAGGUGUGAGCGUCCUCCUGCUUCUCCUGAUGCUGUAUGCCAGAUAGAGUCUUUGGACAGCCUCAGUCCAGGCCUGGCUCUGGCUAGGAUGCAAGAACUAGUAACUGCGUCAGCACCUCAUCUGUAUAAGGCAUUCUUGGCCUUUGACCAGAGUGGGACAGGGACAGUCAAAGCUCUGGAAUUUCGCCAGGUGCUGGAGAACUUUUGUGCCCGUCUGUCAGACAAACAGUACAGAUACAUGCUGAGCCAACUGCAGCUGGACCGUGAGAACUGCACUGUUAACUGGAAGGAUUUCCUCAACAAGUUUCAGUCACCGAGCCCACUGACGUCAGAGAGGUGCCCGAGUAAGACCUGGGAACCACGGACUAAAACCGAUAGAUCGCCUAUCCAGACCGAGACCUCUGAAGGCACCGAGCCUCUGCAGCAGAUCCAGGAAGUCGUCUCCGGUGACCUGUAUGAAAUCACCAAAGAGCUCAUGGAUCUGGACCCCUCCAACAGCACUACAAUCACUAAAGGGCAGUUCAGACAGCUUUGUGAUCACCACUGCCCGAGACUCACAAAGGAUCAGUUUGAGUGUGUGUGGAGUCAGAUGCCUGUGAAUGAGCAGAAGAAGCUGCAGUACAGAGAGUUUCUGAAGCGUUUUGGUGCGCUGAGCAGGACAGAAGCAGGGGCUCCCGCCAACAAUGUCCCAUCGCCUUCGUCUGAGCCCAGACAAACAGCCUCAGCAACAACAUUUUGCCCGGAGACUGUAGGUGCCAUUCUGCAACGCACUAAGUCUGCCCCCCAGUGCACCUUCAGGCGUCCUGCCUCAGUGGGGAGGCCGGGAACAGGAAGCCCAUUGGGCAGCACGGAGAGGAGGCUGCGUGGGGCCGUGCUGCGCUGCUGGAAAGAGAUCCAGAGGAACUGUACCGAGGAAGAUCCUCAGCAAGAGGGACACAUCAGCACCACCUCCUUCCUGGAGAUCCUCCAAUCUCUCGGCAUCAGUAUGACUCAGGAGCAGUUUGAGCAUCUGGCUGAGAAGUUUGACAUCACCAGUAAUGGUUGCGUUUCAUAUCACGACUUCCUUCGUCACUUCCUCUUGAACCUAAAACCAGCAGAGACCAAGACGGCAUAUGAGCGACGUAGACUCCCUCUUCCUAUUACACCGGCCAGCCAGGGUGUUCUGAGCAGAGAUUGCGUGGAGGUCAUGCUGAGGAUGCACGAUGUCGUUCGCUCCUCCUGGACCGCCAUCAGACGCUGCUUCCUGUCGUGUGACCGCAGCCGCACGGGAAGUGUCUCGGUGCAGGACUUUAGGCAGGUGCUGCGCCACUUCAGCGUCAGACUGUCAGAGGAGGAGUUCUUCCACCUCAGCUCUUAUUUGGAUGCCAACACCGCAGGAAGGAUCUGCUACAACAACUUCCUGUGGGCCUUUCUUCGCUGACCUUCAUUCAGAUGCCUACUGCCGCUGAGGCCCCAGACGCUCAGGGACCCCAGGUUUAGUGUUUGGCAAUAACUUUGUAAUUUGGUUAAUUGCAAUUUGUUAUAUGGUAAUUAUACACUGUAGAAAGCAAAAUAGAACCUGAAAUGGUGAGCAGCUCACUCCGCAUUUUACCUAAUCUUAAAGCUCCAUUGUGUAACGUUUUGAGUUGAUUCUUAGCAGAAACCCCUUUGUUCUUU